AUGGCGGGAGAAUAUUCCGGCAGCCGGAGUUCUAACACGCAGCUUCUCGCUGAACUUGAAGCUUUGAGUGAAAACCUUUACCAGAAACCUCAGGGAAAUCGGAGAACAGCUUCUCUCGCUCUGCCGCGCAGUUCUGUUCCAUCUGUCGUUUCCGAUGAAGCCAGCACAGUGCGAGUUGAGGAUCUGACAGUACCAAAGCCGCGGGCUCGGCGUUUGUCGCUGUCUCCAUGGAAGUCGAGACCGAAGCUUGAGGCAGAGGAGGAAGAGAAUGCGACUCAGGUUAAAAGCAUUAAGAAACCAGAGGAGUCGUCGUCGUCGUCGAGUGCCAAGGAAGAGAAAAAAGGGAUAUGGAAUUGGAAGCCGAUUCGCGGGUUGGUCCGAAUCGGAAUGCAGAAGCUGAGUUGUUUGUUAUCAGUCGAGGUCGUGGCGGCGCAGAACCUACCGGCGUCGAUGAACGGUUUACGCCUUGGUGUUUGCGUGAGGAAGAAGGAAACGAAAGACGGAGCCGUCCAGACGAUGCCGUGUAGGGUUUCUCAAGGGGCUGCAGAUUUCGAGGAGACGCUGUUCGUCAAGUGCCACGUGUACUACUCUCCGGCGAACGGGAAAGGCGCUCCGGCCAAGUUCGAGCCUCGUCCGUUUUCUGUUUAUCUCUUCGCCGUGGACGCCAAGGAGCUUGACUUUGGAAAGCACACGGUAGAUUUGAGCGAGCUGAUCCAAGAGUCGGUGGAGAAGAUGAGCUACGAAGGAGCUAGGGUUAGGCAGUGGGAUAUGAGUUGGGGGCUUUCAGGUAAAGCUAAAGGAGGUGAGUUGGUUCUGAGAUUAGGGUUUCAGAUCAUGGAGAAAGACGGUGGAGCUGGGAUUUACAGUAAACAAGGUGAGUUAGGGCUAAAACCUGGUAGUAAACCUAAGAAUUUCGCUGGUUCCUUUGGGAGAAAGCAAUCGAAGACGUCGUUUAGUGUCCCAAGCCCUAAGAUGACAAGCCGAAGCGUGGCCUGGACGCCAGUUUCCGGCACCGAGCCAUCAUCGGAUCUUCAAAAGAUUGAGCAUUUGAAUCUUGAUGAACCUGAUGAGAAACAGGGGAAGAAAACAGAGGAAACAGAGCAGAGCGUUGAAGAUGAUCAAGAACCUGAGUUUGAAGUUGUUGACAAAGGAGAAGAUCAAGAACCUGAUUUCGAAGUUGUGGACAAAGGAGUCGAGUUUGAUGAUGAUCUGGAAACCGAGAAAUCCGAGGGAACCGUAGGCGAAAAAACCGUGGAGAUGAAGGAACAACAGGUUAAUGUUGAUGAUCCACGGCAUAUAAUGAGACUCACCGAGCUAGAUUCGAUUGCAAAACAGAUCAAAGCGCUUGAAUCAAUGAUGAAAGAUGAGAAUGACGGAGGAGAAGGUGAAACAGAUUCACAGAGGCUAGAUGAAGAGGAACAAACAGUGACAAAGGAGUUUCUUCAGUUGCUUGAGGAUGAAGAAAGCGAGAAUCUCAAAUUCUACCAGCACAAAAUGGAGAUCUCUGAGCUGCAUUCUACUGAAUCAGUAGACGACGAAUCUGAGAAUUACCUCUCGGAUCUCGGUAAAGGCAUAGGUUGCGUUGUUCAGACAAGAGACGGUGGUUACUUGGUUUCUAUGAACCCUUUUGACAAUGUGGUCGUGAGGAAAGACACACCUAAGCUUGUGAUGCAAGUCUCUAAACAGGUUGUGGUACUACCAGAAGCUGGAGCAGCGACAGGAUUCGAACUGUUUCACAGAAUGGCUAACUUGGGUGAAGAACUAAACUCGAAGAUAUCUUCUCUUAUGGCAAUAGACGAGCUUAUGGGGAAAACAGGAGAGCAAGUUGCUUUUGAAGGAAUAGCGUCAGCGAUUAUACAAGGGAGGAACAAAGAACGAGCCAAUACGAGCGCGGCGCGUACGGUAGCAGCUGUGAAAACGAUGGCUAAUGCGAUGCACAGCGGAAGAAGGGAGAGGAUAAUGACCGGAAUCUGGAACGUGGAGGAGACUCCAUUGACAUCGGCAGAGGAGGUUUUAGCCGUUUCUUUACAGAAGCUAGAGGAAAUGGUGAUUGAAGGACUGAAGAUUCAAGCUGAUAUGGUGGAGGAAGAUCCUCCUUUCGAGGUUUCCGCUGCCAAAGGACAGCGGAAUCCACUGGAGUUUACCAUUCCGCUUGAUGAGUGGCUCAAGGAGAAUCACACGCAGAAAACGUUGACGGUUUUGGCGACAGUGCAGCUCCGGGAUCCGACGAGGAGAUAUGAGGCGGUGGGAGGGACGGUUGUGGUGGCGGUGCAGGCGGCAGAGGAGGAGAAAGGGUUGAAGGUUGGAAGUUUGCACGUUGGAGGAGUGAAGAAGAAUGCGACUGAGAAACGUAGGUUGACGGCGGCGCAGUGGCUUGUGGAGUACGGUAUGGGGAAGAAAGGGAAGAAGAAGAGUAGUGUUAAGAGAAAAGAGAAGGAAGAUGGAGAAGAGGAAGAACUGUUGUGGAGCUUGUCAUCUAGAGUUAUGGCGGAUAUGUGGCUUAAAUCUAUAAGGAAUCCUGAUGUGAAGUUGCAUAGUUGA